CAAAGUUAUAAAAUAGGAGCUCCCGCACAAGCACAGUGUGGACAUGCUGCUCCAGCAUUGAGCCUCCAAACACCAUCUUUUGCCUUCUCUUCUUCCCACAUCACCGUCAUCUCUACUUUUUCAGUACACCAUGGGAGUUGCAUAUAGCGUUGGAGAGGUUGACCACCUCUACACCUUCUUUGUGCAGUGGUCACCAGAUAUUUGCAAAAACAGCAACAAGAAGAAUAGCAAACCCCACUUUCAGAAUCGAUGCCACGUAGGAAAGAAGAACAAGGGAUCUUCAAGUCAACAGCUAAGCAAUCCUGCAGCAACAAAUUGGGGGAUUCUCACGGGAAAAGACUCAAAGCGCCGUUUGAGUCUGUGCAGCUCCGACUCUGAAACAGAGGAACCUGAAUACCGGGAGAAAGUUAGGGAUGUUCUACCUGUCCUAAGUGACUAUAGCGACCUCCUUGAUGACAGACACCUAAUAAGUCUUGCAUCUCACAUGCCAGAAAGGACACAAGGCUAUCAGUGGCAACUAGUCUACAGCACUGCUGUCCAUGGAAGCAGCCUAAAGACACUUUACAGAAAUAUGUCAGGUCUGGAUAGUCCAGUGCUACUGGUUGUCAAAGACAUGCAGAAAAAGGUUUUUGGAGCCUUUUCAUCUGAUCCAUUUCGAGUAAGCAAAUACUGCUAUGGCACUGGAGAAACUUUUCUGUUUACCUUCAACCCUGAUUUCCAGGCUUAUAAGUGGACUGGAGAGAAUUCCUACUUUGUGAGCGGCAACCUGGAGUCUCUUCAUCUUGGAGGUGGAGGGGGAGAGUUUGGCCUGUGGAUAGAUGCUGAUCUGUACCGAGGUUCCAGUUUUUCUUGUCCCACAUUCCACAACGCUCCACUCUCCACACAGAAGGACUUCAUCAUACAAGACCUCGAGGUCUGGACAGUACGGAACUGAACAAUAACUGCUAGGAAAGAAAAGGAGAAAAAAAUUAGGUGGCUGCUUCAAUCACCACAGCUUAUAUGUAGCCAGCAGUAACUAAAUGUGUGUGGGUGGCGGGUGAAAGAACAGGGCUGUUGUAAUUGCCUCUCAGGCUAGUGUUUCCAGUCUGAGGUUACUGCAUCUAAAAGAUGAGGGGUUGCAUAAAAUCCUGUGAUUCGGGGGCGCUGUUGCCUUAAACUACUGCCUGCCGUCAGAGGCCUACACUCAGCUUUAAGCCUUCCUUGCCUUCCAGUUGUUUUGGAGAGCAAUUUGAAGUUCCUAAACCUGUUGGAAAAGAAACUUCUUGAAAACAAAGCACCUUUAGGAAGAAAAGAAAUUAUGAAUACUGCACUGUAUGUUCAAUUGGCAUACUUGCGUGUAACUUGUUAAAACUGUGUUUACAGUAAGUGGACACGAGUUUACUGUUUGACACAUCGAUGUACUGCACAUAACCCUUUCAAGGGAAAAUGAUACAUGGUACAAGCAAUGUAAUGAUGUGCCUCAGAGUGUCAUCCGAGUAUCAGUACCAAAUCUGCAUUUAAGAACUACAGUUGCUGGUAAAGGCCUAUAAGGUCUGAUUAAAUAAUAAAAGUUCUCAUUUUCACAAAGCCAUUAUAUCAUAUGUGAUAUGUUCCAUUUGAAUUUGAAAUGUAUCACACUGUCAAAUGUUUCUCCUUUUGCUGUUUUUACUGUGACUUUUCAGAGGGUUAAAUGCUCACAAAACAUUUCAUUUCUUAUUGUCUUUUUACAUUUUGGCAUUUAAGAAAAAUUCCCUGGUGGUGCUGGUACUGCCAGUGUUUUUGUUUGGAAUUACAAUCAAAGCUCUGUCUUUAAUGCUGACACUGAAUAAAAUAGCAUAUUUAUUUGGACCACAA